ACUUGUCUUCAUAGGACAAGUACUUAGGUAAUUUGCAUGAUACAGGUAUCUUUUGUCAGUGCUGAUGCAGACCACAGUGUUUUAUGGAAUGUCUAAGAUCAGUCCAAUUGAAGCAAUGGAGAGUGAGGUUCAAAUCAAAGUGAUGACUGAAUCUCCACCACUGAGGAGAUCAAGUCGGAGGGCCAUCAGACGAGGAGCUGAUAGAGUUAAAGACAUCCACAAAGACGAACAGGCAAUGGAAAAAAUGGAGGUGGCUAUUGAAAGGACUCCUGAGAAAUCUGGUCUUAGUGGAAUGUCAUACUAUGAGCAGAUUAGACAGCGCAACAUUACUGAAAAGAUGGCUUUACUUGCAUCCCUUGAUAUCUCAGCUGAUAUCAAAACUCUCCACGAACAAGUGUCUGAAAAGAAGAACCAUCUGAGAAGGUGAGCAAUGGA